UAGCAUAAUCACUUUUAUGAUGAAAAUUGUUUUUGUGAGGAAUGAGUUUUUUGCAGGGAAUCAUUGAUUCCUUUAACUCUGUCUUCUCUCCACAAUCCAUCGAUCAAAAUUCUUCUUCUUCAUCAAUGGAUGCUUCUCCUUCUUCGGUUUCCAACGAGCGCGUCGCUUACAAGCUCAAAGGCUACUACGAUUUAGCCACUCAAGAGAUCGAUAAAGCUGUUAGGGCUGAAGAAUGGGGAUUGGUCGAUGACGCUAUUCUUCACUACAGGAAUGGCCAUAGGAUCCUUCUCGAAGCUAAUUCCACUAUUGUUCCUUCCUUCAUCACUUCAAGUGAGAAACAAAAGGUACAAUCAUAUCGUCAAAAGAUAUCAAAAUGGCAGGGACAAGUAUCUGAGAGAUUGCAGGCCCUCAAUAGACGAGCAGGUAGCUCCGUUGCCAAUCAGAGCACUUCAAACGUUGCACCAACUGCUGCAGUUCCAACCAAACUAUCAAAUACUACAAAAAAAGUGUUACAAAAGAAUCCUCAAAGAAAAGAUGAGGUGAAUAAAGUUCAAAACCCGAAAUCUAGUCAAACAUCUGGUGAAAAUUAUGACACAAAACUGGUUGAAAUGAUUAACACUGCCAUUGUAGAUAGAAGUCCUUCUGUCCGGUGGGACGAUGUUGGUGGCCUUGAAAAGGCAAAGCAAGCUUUAAUGGAGAUGGUUAUUUUACCAACUAAGAGAAGAGACUUGUUCACUGGUCUUCGAAGGCCAGCUAGAGGUUUGCUUCUUUUUGGUCCACCUGGUAAUGGUAAGACCAUGCUUGCCAAAGCAGUUGCUUCAGAAUCAGAAGCAACAUUUUUUAAUGUCACGGCAGCGUCCUUGACGUCAAAAUGGGUUGGCGAAGCUGAAAAGCUUGUACGGACACUAUUCAUGGUAGCUACAUCGAGACAGCCAUCUGUAAUUUUCAUUGACGAGAUUGAUAGUAUAAUGUCAACAAGGACGACAAAUGAAAAUGAGGCCAGCAGACGAUUAAAAUCAGAAUUCCUUAUCCAGUUUGAUGGGGUGACAUCCAAUCCUGAUGAUAUCGUGAUUGUAAUUGGUGCGACCAAUAAGCCACAGGAACUGGAUGAUGCAGUUCUCAGGAGACUGGUUAAGAGAAUAUACGUACCUUUACCAAAUGAAAAUGUUCGGAAACUUCUGCUAAAACACAAACUCAAGGGUCAAGCAUUCUCCUUACCUAGUAGAGAUCUAGAGAUGCUUGUAAAAGAGACUGAAGGUAAGUAUAGAUCGAGUCAUGAUGGGAAGGAAAUUAAUAUGUUGAGAUAUAAUUCUUUGUUUUUUUGUGACCAAAUUUUGGACUCCAAAUAUGACCAUCACUAUUGUUUUGCUUGGUUUGCAGGAUACUCUGGAAGUGAUCUGCAAGCGCUGUGUGAAGAAGCUGCAAUGAUGCCAAUUAGAGAGCUGGGUCCUAACAUUCUUACCGUCAAGGCAAAUCAGGUAAGAGGACUGAGGUAUGAGGACUUCAAGAAAGCAAUGGCUGUGAUCAGACCAAGUUUAAACAAAAGUAAAUGGAAAGAGCUUGAGAAGUGGAAUGAAGAAUUUGGCUCAAAUUGAGGUCUUAUUCAGAGAACUUGCUACUAUGAUUUUCGCAUGUGCUUAAAAUUCAAACUAAAAAUGUACAUAAACUGAAAUAUAAAGCAAGACAAGGGCAUCAAUGUUUGUGGCUAAAAUGCAUCGGGUUGAAGCUCUUUACCGAUGGUUAUCCUGAAAUCUUGUAGGCUUGAAGGCUUUGUUUUUAAUUUAGAGACCUGCACAAUACAGCCUUGAAUGGAAUGGCUGCCAUUAUAGCACAAACAUGUGUAUAUUAACUUAAUUAUUAUAUAUAGUAAUUUUAGAAACUUCCAUUA